CAGCCUCGCUCAGACAGACCUUAUGGUCGAUUGCAGAUUCAUCGAUCCUGCUACCCAUGCUUUAAUUUCACCAUGGAGAAGCCUGUGGGUUCUUUACAAGAGCAAGCUUUGAAAAGGAAAGAACGAUUAAAAGCUCUACGAGACCGACAGUUUCAAGGACAGGCACCUGAAGAUGGAGAGCCUGUGAGCAAAAGAGCUCUGGAGGACUCUGAGACAGAGGACAGACACAGAGAGCUGAAGCUGAGGAAUUACACACCGGAGGACGAGGAGCUGAAGGAGAGACAGGUGCCCAAAGCAAAACCUGCAUCAGUGGAGGACAAGGUCAAGGACCAACUGGAAGCUGCAAACCCAGAGCCUGUGAUUGAGGAAGUGGAUCUGGCCAAUCUUGCCCCCAGAAAACCAGACUGGGAUCUAAAGAGGGACGUUGCCAAGAAGCUUGAGAAGCUAGAGAGGCGAACACAGAAAGCCAUUGCUGAACUUAUACGGGAACGGCUCAAGGGCAGCGAGGCAGAGCUGGCGGGAGCGGUCGGAGCAGUUAGCAUGGAAGAGGGAGACUCCGACUGAAUGAUGGUCCCACACAACAGAUUUUCUAGAACUUUACGGCCUAUUCCCCAUUACAUAGCAGUGUGUGUUUAAAAUGCAUUUCUUAUGCUGAGCUCAGAAUGAGUUCACACAACCAUAUCAGGUGAUAAUAAGUAAAGAAUGAGUUGCAUGUGUUUACAUUGUGGAGUACACAAAGAACAUCAAAUCCUUCUUUUUUAUUAUUUUGUUGUUGUUUAUUAGUAAACAAUUCUUUCUUUUCUAAAUUGACUGUCUUUUUCCUUUCUGGGCUUUAUGAUAAAACAUUAUCCAAUGUCA